GAGGCUGGUGGGUUUGCAUGCGGCGUUGUGGAGAGGUAGAUGGCGGGGAGAAGAGAUGGUGGAGCGGAGGGAGAAGUUAAAGAUUAGAAACAAAAACAACAGAGGAAUUCACCCCCCUGGAUCUUAGUCUUGGCCUUUUGCAAGCAAGCAGAAGAGGAGCUGUCAAGCUUUGCAAGUCAAGUAGCCACUCGGCUGUUUGACAGCUUCUGGGUUUCAACCCCAUUGGGAUUGAGGCAGCUCAGGAAACCAUGAGCGAUGAGUCUUGUCGUCUGCUGACGCUGCUCUAGCACCAUGGCAGACAGUCCGUGAUCUGACAAGAGGAUACGUCUUAGGGAGGCAGCACUGGGAUCGGUAAUUGGCUUCCUGGGAAACUACAGCUGGUGGAUAGGAUGUAAAAAGAGGUGCAUGUACACAGGGAUAUUGCUGCAGUCUUGGCGAGCUACUGGAUCCACUUGGAAAAAAGGAUUUUGCCACCAGUUUUGGUUUUUCUCCCGGUUUGGUAAUGUUGGCUUUGGGGAAAAUUUUUGCUGACUCACCCACCCCCAGACAUCUUUUGCCAAGCCUGGCUGACCAGUGAAGAAACCCACCAGCACCUUCUCCCCUGUGGCAGACUGGUGGGGCACCUUCCCUUCCCGGUGCCCCACUUCAUCCAGCAGGGCACCCACAGCCCCCCUGUCCCAGGACGGGGGUGAGCGUGCCUGAACCUCCAAGCGUGGCUGGUGCCCGGCAAGAUUUUACCCUGUCUGCCACCGGGGCCCCAGCGCCGCCCCCCGCCGGCACUGCCGCCCCGCUCACCCGUCCCAGGCCGCGCAGGAUGGGGGCGGCACUGGUGCGGCGUGGGGGCUGCCUACUGCUCUGGCUGGCCCUGCUGUUGGGCUGCUGGGCUGAGUUGGGCAGUGGGCUGGAGUUCCCGGGGGCUGAGGGGCAGUGGACCCGCUUCCCCAAGUGGAACGCCUGCUGUGAGAGCGAGAUGAGCUUCAACAUGAAGACGCGCAGCUCCAGUGGGCUGGUGCUCUACUUCGAUGACGAGGGCUUCUGCGACUUCCUGGAACUCAUCCUCACCCAGGGUGGGCGGCUGCAGCUCAGCUUCUCCAUCUUCUGCGCUGAGCCCGCCACUCUCCUGUCUGACACUGCCGUCAACGAUAAUCUCUGGCAUGCUGUGGUCAUUCGCCGCCACUUCAAGAACACCACACUGAUUAUCGACCGGGCUGAGGCAAAGUGGGUGGAGGUGAAGUCGAAGCGGCGGGACAUGACUGUGUUCAGUGGCCUAUUCUUAGGGGGGCUCCCGCCAGAGCUGCGGUCUGCGACACUAAAGCUGACACUCUCCUCUGUCAAAGACCGGGAGCCCUUCAAGGGCUGGAUAACGGACGUGCGGGUCAACUACACACAGACAUCGCCAGUGGAGAGCCAGGAGGUGCGGCUGGAUGAUGAGCAAAGCCGCCUGUGUGCCCGGGAGGACGUUUGCCUCAACGGGGGCGUCUGCUCAGUGCUCAAUGACCAGGCCGUCUGUGACUGCUCCCAAACAGGCUUUCGGGGGAAGGACUGCAGUGAAGAAGACAACUAUGUGGAAGGUCUGGCGCACCUGAUGAUGGGCGACCAAGGUAAAAGUAAAGGAAAAGAAGAGUAUAUUGCAACGUUCAAGGGAUCAGAAUACUUCUGCUAUGAUUUAUCUCAGAAUCCCAUACAAAGUAGCAGUGAUGAAAUAACUCUCUCAUUUAAAACACUUCAGAGGAAUGGACUGAUGCUUCACACAGGAAAAUCAGCUGAUUAUGUCAAUCUUGCACUGAAAAAUGGAGCUGUCUCCUUGGUCAUUAAUUUGGGCUCAGGGGCCUUUGAAGCACUGGUGGAACCUGUGAAUGGGAAAUUUAAUGACAAUGCCUGGCAUGAUGUGAAAGUAACCAGGAAUCUGCGUCAGCACUCAGGCAUUGGACACGCUAUGGUAAACAAACUACAUUGUUCGGUGACAAUAUCAGUGGAUGGAAUUCUGACCACUACGGGAUACACACAAGAAGACUACACCAUGCUGGGCUCUGAUGACUUUUUCUAUGUUGGAGGCAGUCCUAGCACAGCAGACCUCCCAGGGUCGCCAGUCAGUAACAACUUUAUGGGCUGUCUCAAAGAGGUUGUAUAUAAAAAUAAUGAUGUCAGGUUGGAAUUAUCUCGACUUGCCAAGCAAGGAGAUCCUAAAAUGAAGAUUCAUGGGGUUGUAGCCUUUAAAUGUGAGAAUGUUGCAACCUUAGAUCCAAUCACAUUUGAAACGCCAGAGUCUUUCAUCUCUUUGCCAAAGUGGAAUGCCAAGAAAACAGGCUCAAUAUCAUUUGACUUUCGUACAACUGAGCCAAAUGGUUUGAUUCUUUUCAGUCAUGGAAAACCAAGGCACCAAAAAGAUGCCAAACACCCACAGAUGGUGAAGGUUGACUUUUUUGCCAUUGAGAUGCUUGAUGGUCACCUCUACCUGCUGUUAGACAUGGGCUCAGGUACUAUAAAAAUAAAAGCCUUGCAGAAGAAGGUGAAUGAUGGUGAAUGGUACCAUGUGGACUUUCAAAGGGAUGGACGGUCAGGGACCAUAUCUGUGAACACAUUACGUACUCCAUAUACUGCACCGGGAGAAAGUGAAAUCCUUGACUUGGAUGAUGACUUGUAUCUUGGAGGUUUACCAGAAAAUAAAGCAGGCCUCGUCUUCCCAACAGAGGUGUGGACAGCACUUCUCAAUUAUGGAUACGUCGGCUGCAUUAGAGAUUUAUUUAUUGAUGGUCAAAGCAAAGAUAUUCGACAGAUGGCUGAAAUUCAAAGUACAGCUGGAGUAAAACCUUCAUGCUCAAGAGAAACUGCAAAACCAUGCCUUAGCAACCCCUGUAAAAACAAUGGUGUAUGCAGGGAUGGGUGGAACAGAUAUGUUUGUGAUUGCUCUGGGACGGGGUACCUUGGCAGAUCUUGUGAAAGAGAGGCAACAAUUUUAAGCUAUGAUGGAAGUAUGUUUAUGAAAAUACAGCUCCCUGUUGUGAUGCAUACCGAGGCAGAAGAUGUUUCUUUACGGUUCAGGUCUCAGCGAGCUUAUGGCAUUUUAAUGGCAACUACUUCUAGGGAAUCUGCAGAUACCCUCCGAUUAGAGUUGGAUGCAGGACGAGUUAAACUAACGGUCAACCUAGACUGUAUCAGGAUUAACUGUAAUUCCAGCAAAGGUCCAGAAACCCUUUUUGCUGGCUAUAACCUCAAUGAUAAUGAGUGGCACACAGUGCGUGUGGUUCGUCGAGGAAAAAGUUUAAAGUUAAUGGUGGAUGACCAGCAGGCCAUGACAGGUCAAAUGGCUGGUGAUCACACACGGCUGGAAUUCCACAACAUAGAAACAGGAAUAAUAACUGAACGGCGCUACCUGUCUUCUGUGCCUUCUAAUUUCAUUGGGCAUCUGCAGAGCCUUACAUUUAAUGGCAUGGCAUACAUUGACUUAUGUAAAAAUGGAGACAUCGAUUAUUGUGAGCUAAAUGCAAGAUUUGGGUUCAGAAACAUCAUAGCAGACCCUGUAACCUUUAAAACAAAAGCAAGUUAUGUUGCAUUGGCCACGCUACAAGCAUAUACCUCUAUGCACCUUUUUUUCCAGUUCAAAACAACCUCUCUGGAUGGAUUGAUACUUUAUAACAGCGGUGAUGGAAAUGAUUUCAUUGUGGUUGAAUUAGUAAAAGGCUAUUUGCACUAUGUGUUUGACUUGGGAAAUGGUGCAAAUCUCAUCAAAGGAAGUUCUAAUAAACCUCUGAAUGACAACCAGUGGCAUAAUGUGAUGAUAUCAAGGGAUACCAACAAUCUCCACACUGUAAAGAUUGACACAAAAAUCACAACACAGAGCACAGCAGGAGCCAGAAAUUUAGAUCUGAAAAGUGAUUUGUAUAUUGGAGGAGUGGCCAAAGAAAUGUAUAAGUCCUUGCCAAAGCUGGUGCAUGCAAAGGAGGGAUUUCAAGGCUGUCUUGCAUCAGUUGACUUGAAUGGACGGCUGCCUGAUCUAAUCUCAGAUGCUCUCUUCUGCAACGGGCAAAUAGAAAGAGGGUGUGAAGGUCCAAGCACAACAUGCCAAGAGGAUUCAUGUGCAAACCAGGGAGUGUGCUUGCAGCAGUGGGAUGGAUUCAGCUGUGAUUGUAGCAUGACCUCCUUUAGUGGACCAUUAUGCAAUGACCCGGGAACAACAUAUAUCUUUAGCAAAGGUGGUGGACAAAUCACUUACACGUGGCCUCCUAAUGAUCGUCCAAGCACUCGUGCAGACAGACUGGCAAUAGGGUUUAGUACUGUUCAAAAAGAAGCUGUGUUGGUACGAGUGGACAGUUCUACUGGGCUUGGAGAUUAUUUAGAGCUGCAUAUUCACCAGGGAAAAAUUGGAGUUAAAUUUAAUGUUGGAACGGAUGACAUCUCUAUCGAAGAGAUCAACGCAAUCAUUAAUGAUGGAAAAUACCACGUAGUACGUUUCACGAGAAGUGGUGGCAAUGCCACAUUACAGGUGGACAACUGGCCAGUUAUUGAACGCUACCCAGCAGGAAACAAUGAUAACGAGCGCCUGGCGAUUGCUAGACAGCGAAUUCCAUAUCGACUUGGUCGAGUAGUUGAUGAAUGGCUACUCGACAAAGGGCGUCAGCUCACAAUCUUCAAUAGCCAAGCAACUAUAAAAAUUGGAGGCAAGGAACGUGGCCAUCCUUUCCAAGGCCAGCUCUCUGGUCUUUACUACAAUGGCUUGAAAGUUCUGAAUAUGGCAGCGGAAAAUGAUGCCAACAUCAUUAUAGAAGGAAAUGUGAGACUUGUUGGUGAAGUGCCUUCCUCUAUGACAACUGAGUCUACAGCCACAGCAAUGCAGUCUGAGAUGUCAACAUCAGUCAUGGAAACAACCACCACUUUGGCCACAAGCACCGCUAGAAGAGGAAAGGCCCCAACAAAAGAGCCUAUUGGUCAGACCACAGAUGACAUCCUGGUGGCCUCAGCUGAAUGUCCCAGUGAUGACGAGGACAUUGAUCCCUGUGAGCCGAGCUCAGGUGGGUUAGCAAAUCCUACCAGGGCAGGAGGAGGAAGGGAGUAUCCUGGCUCGUCCGAGGUGAUUCGUGAAUCCAGCAGCACAACAGGCAUGGUAGUUGGGAUUGUGGCAGCAGCAGCGCUGUGCAUCCUCAUUCUCCUGUAUGCUAUGUACAAGUACAGGAACCGAGACGAAGGAUCGUAUCAUGUAGAUGAGAGUCGAAACUACAUCAGUAACUCAGCACAAUCCAAUGGGGCUGUAAUCAAGGAAAAACAGCCCAACAGUGCUAAAAGUUCCAACAAAAACAAGAAAAAUAAGGAUAAGGAGUACUAUGUCUGAUCUCAACAUCUAAAAGAACGCUUGUAUAGAAAUAGUCUUCAUUUUAUCUGAGACGUAAUACAAACUUAUUUACUUUACUUUUUAUGAAGCACAUUCAAAAACAAAAGACAGGGAAUGCAAUCAGAAAGGAAAGACUGUUUUUAAAAACAAGCAUUUCAUGCUCUUGUUUUUCAGAAACGGGAGCUGAUAAAUUCCCUAACAUCCACAAGUGUUUUCAUUUACUCUGCCUGUCUUUAUGUUGCUGGAACAGUUCUGAAAGACAAUGAUGGCACCACGCAUUCAUAAAGCAAGGAGUAUUACUACAACAUCAAGGCACAAUAUGAAACAAAACAAAUUUAAAAAAAACAGGAAAAAAAAUAAAACAGAAAAAAGAAGCUACCUAUGAUUCUGGAUUUAGCCAAAGUGCUAGUGCUUUCUUGAGAAGUAAGUUAGUCUUAUUGUCAGAGAAGACUGUCAUUAUAUAUGGUGACUCAACAAGCAAACAUAAACAGUUUGCCGUCUGGUGCAGUGAAGCAGUGAUUGGAAACUUGCAUUUGAAACAAAGUGCUGGCUUUUCUGAAGACUUAUGUAGAAAUACUUUCAAAAAGCCCCUUUCUGGUUGUGAGGAAAAUAGUAUGGAGGCCUUAUUUUCAAAAAAAAAAAAAAAUCUGGAAUAUAAGGCACAUUU